AUGAUCAAAUUUGCAGGUGAUCGAGAUACUGCAAUUCUCUACCAGGAAAGUAAUCAAGCUUUCCUGAUUGACAUUCCACAGUCAAUCACCCUGGCGCAAGGGUCAGUCCCUCGACGGUCAGAUCUAUUGGCUACAAAAUCAAGCCCAGGAAUAGAAGAGACCAGGAAGAAACGGUGCUUACUUUCAUGUGCGCCUCUGAAAGAACCAUAUCCGUCUACCGAGCCCAAAAAGCCAGCUACCCGAGCCAAUGUUCUUGAAACCAUUCCUAUCUCCGAGAGGCGGUUUCACUCCGAGCUAAUAUUGCCGCUUGUAAAAGAUGCCCUGGAAACAUUGAGGGCUGCAGUGUCCAACGAUCAUUGGUGCUUAGCUCGAGCUGUGCCCCGUGAGGAGGGAAAUGACCACAGCUUGCAGGAUUCAAUUCCACAGAAGAGGCGAAAGGGAACUGAUUUUACGCCCUCAAAGCCUAUAUCUUAUGACCUUAUCUCGAAAUCCAAUGAGCCACCAAUGAUCCUCUCAUCUAGCUCGCCGAAUGAGUUUGAGUCGCUAUCGGAGCUGCAUGUCGUGAAGAAUCCAUCUCACCAGUCAGCGAUCAUCAAGGUGAAGAACUACGAUGACAGUGGGUUAGCCCCUUCUUCAUACGAAUAUAUGGUUCCGCCCGAGGCGAGCUUUGUGUUGUGUACCUUGCCACUUUUUGAAACUGAGAUAGACCGUUCACCUUCAUUGAACCAUCCCAUCCCUGGUCUGUCUCCGCAUCAAAAGUUCAACCUCAUUCUUAUGGAUCCACCAUGGCCAAACCGAUCCGUGCGGCGGAGUGGUCACUACCAAACACAUCAUUAUUCUGAAAUGGAAGUCCUCACUGAAGGCCUCCGAAACAUACUUCGGGUACAUUCAUACUGUGCGGGAGAUACAAAACAAGAUCCACGCCCAGCUGAGACCCAACCUGAAUCUCAGAUCCAACACGAGAAGUCUCUAGCUGCUAUAUGGUUUACCAAUGCAGAAAAGUCCCGCAAGGCAGCGUACCAAGCUCUGAUAGGUGCUGGAUUUCGCAUCUGCGAGGAAUGGGUCUGGGUCAAGGUCACCAAAGAUGGAGAACCUAUCUCAGCCCUGGAUGGUAUCUGGCGAAAACCAUACGAGAUUCUUGUAAUCGGUCGCAAAGAUGGAAAAAAUUUCAAUCAUUCAGAUGAAGACUAUGACAAAUGGCCGCCUCAGUUGGAUGACUUGACAGCAAUAAGCGAGGCUGUCACUACUCGACGGGUUAUUGCUGCAGUCCCAGACCUGCAUUCUCGCAAACCAAAUUUGAAGUCCAUCUUUGAGCGGGUCUUUUUCGCCUCCGAGGAGACAGAAUCAUACUCUGCCCUUGAGGUGUUCGCACGUAAUUUGACGGCUGGCUGGUGGGCUGCUGGUAAUGAGGUUCUUAAGUUCAAUGCCCGUGAGUGCUGGGUUGAUCCUGACAAGACAAAUCAUGGAAAUUGCAUUCCGGAAUAA